AUGGCUCGGCAUAUUCAGCUAAAUCACGAAGAGCUUGAAAGAGUAACCAAACUGAUGUCUGAGUUCUAUGACAACCGAGACGAUACCAAGCUCCAAGAUCUGUUUGUGUUAUUCGAUUUAAAUGGCAAUGGAAGUAUUGAUUCUUCUGAAUUACAGUCUGUUAUGAGCCAAAUCUCGGGAGAAAGAAUUUCAGACCAAGAAAUCCGUGACAUGAUCAGAGAAGCUGACACAAAUCAUAAUGGUGUUAUUGAAUUCAAUGAAUUUAUAGAAGUUAUGAGACGCCAUAGAGGCUAA